CAGCUUCCCGCACAUUAAUCGCCAAACGUCGUAUAGCACACAUAGAACAUAACAUAGGCAAAGGUUCCUCAGACUCACCGAACUCACCGUAACACCAAACAACCACCACCACCACCACCACCGUCAAUCCAAAAGCAAACCCCCAACACCACCCUCCACCAUGGACUCCAUCGCCGGAGCUCCACCCCACGCCGACGUCACCCCUCCGCCGCCGCGGCCGUCGCCGUUCCCCGGCCGGGAAGACUGCUGGUCGGAGGAGGCCACGUUCACCCUCAUCGAAGCGUGGGGACAGCGCCACCUCGAACUCAACCGCGGCAACCUCCGCCAGCGCCACUGGCAGGAGGUCGCCGACGCCGUCAACGCCCUCCACGGCCACGUCAGCGCCAAGGCCCGCCGCACCGACGUCCAGUGCAAGAACCGCAUCGACACGCUCAAGAAGAAGUACAAGAUCGAGAAGGCUAGGGUUUCCGAUUCCGGCGACUCCGCCACCACCUGGCCCUUCUUCCGCCGCCUCGAUUUCCUCAUCGGCGACAAUUUCCCCGCCAAAAAGCCCUCCCCUCCGCCGCCGUCCUCCGCCGGAGUAACCCGUCGGAGCACCCCCCCGGCCAAGUCCCCGCUGUGGCCCGUCAUUCCCGUCGGCCCUCGAUCCGGCACCAAGAAGCGGCCGGCGCAGGCGAAGCCGGCGUCGGCCUCGCCAGAUAGUGUCGCCGACUCGUACUUCCGCCGGAAUUUCUCGGUGUUCGCCGCCGCCGCCGCCGCCGCCGCGGCGGAGGCCGACAGCGAGAAUUCGGAUGGGUCAAAAUGGAGCAGUGGGAGUGAGAAAGGGACGAUGAAGAAGAAAAGAGGAAGAGGAGAUUGGGAAUUUGGGUACAGAGAGAUGGCAGAGGCGUUGGAGAGGUUUGGGGAGAUUUAUGAGAGAGUGGAAGAAGCGAAACAGAGGCAAAUGGUGGAGUUGGAGAAACAGAGGAUGCAGUUCGCCAAGGAUUUGGAAACCCAGAGAAUGAAACUCUUCAUGGAAACGCAGGUUCACUUGCAGAAAAUCAACCGCUCCAAACGUUCUUCUGCUUCUGACAAUGUUUCGUAGCAAGCGGUGAUAGAGAUUCUGAUUGAGAAGAAUAGAGAGAUAUUAGCAUUGGACAUGGAAGCAUCUUUAGCCUUUCUUUUUUGAUGAAAAAGGAAUUUACGUUAGGUAUUUUCACAGUAAGGUUCAAAUUUGGUUGUGUCUAGAAUUUUAAUAGUGCAACUUUCAUUAUGUGCAGUAAAUUUACUUUCUUUCUCAACUAAGAACACAAGAAAAAUGAGAAAAGGGAUUGUGAAUAGCUAUUCAAUUGGAGCUUCCUUUUAUGUGUGUUUUCCCAAAA